GCUCAUGUGAUCUGUCAUGUGACACCAGAUCAGCAGAAAGGUGGAAUGGGACUGCUAGCCUGCCUCCUAGGGCUCUGUGCCCUCAUCGCCGCCAGCAAAUGCAGUUACAGCCCGGAGCCUGACCAGCAGCGAACGCUGCCUCCUGGCUGGGUGUCCCUGGGCCGUGUGGACCCCGAGGAAGGGCUGAGUCUCACCUUUGCCCUGAGACAACAGAACCUGAAGAGACUGUCAGAGCUGGUACAGGCUGUGUCGGAUCCUGGUUCUCCUCGCUAUGGAAAAUACCUGGCCCUGGAAGAUGUGGCUGAGCUGAUCCGGCCAUCACCACUGACCCUCCGCACAGUCCAAAAAUGGCUCCGGGCAGCUGGAGCCCAGAAUUGCCAUUCAGUCGCCACACAGGACUUUCUGACUUGCUGGUUGAGCGUCCGACAGGCAGAGCUGCUGCUCUCUGGGGCUCAGUUUCACCGCUACAUGGGGGGACCUGAAGAGACCCGUGUCAUAAGGUCCCUAUAUCCCUACCAGCUCCCUCAGGCCUUGGCACCUCAUGUGGACUUUGUGGGGGGACUACAUCGCUUUCCCCCUACAUCAUCCCUGAGACAACGCCCUGCACCACAAGUGGCAGGAACUGUUGGCCUGCACCUGGGAGUGACCCCAUCUGUGAUCCGUGAGCGAUACAACUUGACAGCACAAGAUGUGGGCUCUGGCACCACCAACAACAGCCAGGCUUGUGCCCAGUUCCUGGAGCAGUACUUCCACGAGUCAGACCUGGCGGAGUUCAUGCGCCUCUUUGGUAGCAAGUUUGUACACCAGGCAUCAGUAUCCCACGUGGUUGGAAAACAGGGCCGGGGCCGGGCUGGGAUCGAGGCCAGUCUCGAUGUGGAGUACCUGAUGAGUGCUGGUGCCAACAUCUCUACAUGGGUCUACAGCAAUGCUGGCCGUCAUGAGGCACAAGAACCCUUCCUGCAGUGGCUCCUGCUGCUCAGUAACCAGUCAGCCCUGCCACAUGUGCAUACUGUGAGCUACGGGGAUGAUGAAGACUCACUCAGCAGUGCCUACAUGCAGCGGGUCAACACCGAAUUCAUGAAAGCUGCCGCUCGGGGUCUCACUCUGCUCUUUGCCUCAGGCGACAGUGGGGCUGGGUGUUGGUCUGUCUCUGGAAAGCACCAAUUCCGUCCUAGCUUCCCUGCUUCCAGCCCCUAUGUCACCACAGUGGGAGGCACCUCCUUCCAGAACCCUUUCCGAAUCACAAAUGAGGUAGUUGACUAUAUCAGUGGUGGUGGCUUCAGCAAUGAGUUCCCCCAGCCUUCUUACCAGAAAGAAGCCGUAACCCAGUUUCUGAAAUCCACACACCGUCUACCUCCAUCCAGCUACUUCAAUGCCAGUGGCCGUGCAUACCCAGAUGUUGCUGCACUUUCUGAUGGCUACUGGGUGGUCAGCAAUGGUAUACCCAUUCCGUGGGUAUCUGGAACUUCGGCCUCUACUCCAGUGUUUGGAGGAAUCCUUGCCUUGAUAAAUGAGCACAGAAUUCUCAGUGGCCACCCGCCUCUUGGCUUUCUCAACCCAAGGCUCUACCAGCAGCAUGGGGCUGGACUUUUUGAUGUAACCCAUGGCUGCCAUGAGUCCUGUCUGAACGAAGAGGUGGAGGGUGAGGGUUUCUGCUCUGGCCCUGGCUGGGAUCCUGUAACAGGCUGGGGAACACCCAACUUCCCAGCUCUGCUGAAGACUCUUCUCAAGCCUUGACCCUUUCCUGCCAGGAAAGCUGACCAGUCCCCUGCUCUGUAGCUGGUGACUUGGUCCCUUGUCCUGCCUUGUUGAAAGGCCUGCUGAACCCGCAACCACUGACUGUAGCAAUCAACUUUGAAAUGUUCUAAGCUUAAUUCCCAACCCUGCCUUCCUUUGUCAUACUCAGGUCUCCCUAUUCCUGCCUCAGGUUCCUUAACAAGCAGCUAUAACUAGCACUUUGUCACCCCUUACCCAAACUCUUCCACCUUGCAAACAGGGAUAUGAAUAUACAGGACACGUAGUUUGUUGGUACUAGUACCAGCAGUCCUAGAUCCUUUUGCUUAUGGUCUUCCUAUCAUAUUUGUCUGCUCAUUCUCAUUCCUUAGCUUCCAGGAUUAACUUCUCUAAUCACCUUGUCUUCUUCCUCCAUAGGCCUGUUUGCUGCUUCCUCAUGGAAUGCCAGCAUUCUUUGUUGCUCCAUCUUUAGUUUUUUGGUCUUAUCACUUUACUUACUGACCCCUGAAACAUCGCAAGUCAUCGCCAUCUGAUUAAAUCGAACUUUGAGUCCAGUAGUGACUGAUAGGUCCAAUGUCAGAUGUGUGACACUCAACAUUUCACCUCCCUUUAUCUCAACUCCAAACUCUAUCUUGUUUCUUCCCAGCAAAUGAUACUAUGCUUCUUCAAGCAAGCUGGAAGUCUUUUUUUCCCACCUCCCUAGUUAAGUUUAUCUCUGUAAGACUGCGUCCUCAUUUGUCGAGGAUAGCAAUACCCGUCUCUCAGAACCAGGGAAUAAAAUUAAGUGGGAUAAGGUUAAUAGAGUAACUGGCAUGUGGAACUAAGUAAAUGUUCUCAUCUUCCCUUGAACACCCUGCCUACCUCUAGCGUUGUAAGGAACAUAUAGUAUUGAAAUUGUCAGUUUGUUUCCCUCCCUUUUUAAGACCACGUUGGUGCCUAGAGGACUAACUUUCCCACCUCCUGUCUCAGGAGGUGGCAAAUACGAAUUAAAUGUCGAACUGAAAACCUCA